AUGAUUUACACAAACCCGGCACUGGUGGAUGCUCCACUGUCUCUCCAGCUCGCCGUCAACUCUCCGCCCAAAACCUCCAUCAAGACGUCUGGAGCCACGGUUGUCAUGACUGCCAUCGUCAAUGUGAUGGUGCUGCCUCCAGGUCAGCCUCCGGUUCAGCUGAGCAGCAUGACCAUGGAGACCAAGUUCAAUGCCAAAGUUUCCAUGAGAGGAAAACGUCUGUCUGUUCACGCUGACCUACGCAGGUUUAAGAUCUUCUCCAACCAGUCAGCUCUCGAGUCUCUGGCGUUGAUUCCUCUGCAGGCUCCUCUAAAGACGAUGCUGCAGAUGUCUGUAGUUCCACUGAUCAACAACUGGACAAAGAGAGGCGUUCGGAUCCCGCUGGCUGAUGGGGUGGAUUUCAUUGAGGAGGUGGUUGAAUAUCAUAACGGUUUCAUCGUGAUCGGAGCAAAUCUUCACUUCAGCAAAGGGCUGAGAGAAAUGGUGGUAGGAAGCUCAGAGAUGGAGCAACAGACUGCCAACUCCACCGCCACCACCAGCACUGCCUAAAUGUUCAUAUGCAGGGUUUACAUAGAUCUACAAUUAAUGUGAAUAUAUACAACACAUCAUUAAAAGGAUGAGUAUAUGAUGAACAGAUCAGAAAAGAACUGACAGCAGCACAGUGAGCCUUACACCUUGCAAUGAGUCCAAACUAACAAGGUUACAGUUACAGACACUAUUACUCCUUCUCACAGUUUAAUGUAUUAUUCGUAGAUUAUCUUCAAGAUUACAGGUAAUUAUAGUUCAGACAGUGUUGUUCACCAUAGGUCACAUGCACGCUGACGCUGUGAAGGUCAUACAAUAUAAAUACGAAGGACUGAAUUAAACAUGAAGGGAAACACUUGUAUCCAUGACAACACUGUGUCAGAACAACUCGAAAGUUGCCCCUCCUCUGAGGGUGUUGUUCCAGUGGGCAGAAAAGUGAUCACGUGGUAGCUGUCAAGGUUUAUAUCUUUAACCUUUUGUUAGUUUAUUCUAAAGAACUGACGUUCUGCCCGAGAACAUCAAUUUAUAUUUCAUGUUCUCUCUAAAAUCUCUCACUUCAUGUUGAUUCAUGUUGUUUCUAUUUACACCUGAAUGUCAGGUAGCUGGAAGCCUCCUCAUUGGCUCAGUUUACACAUGAAACACGAUUCAUCACUGUCAAGCCGAUUGGGGAGGAAAUGCUUCGCUGUCUGAUGUACUUAGAUGUCUUUGACCUGAUGAAUCUUUCGCUUUUUGUCUCAUUAGGAAGUGUAAACAGGUUAAAACUACAUGAUAAUACUGGAAACCACUCAGGAGAUUUUAUCUUUCAUCUGUGCUGUUGCUGGCAAACCUGUCUCACCUGUACUUACCUGAACAUUAAAGAUUAUGGACCUGUUCAAAAUAAACUGAAAGCUAAACCUGA